AGAAUUUCGGGCUCUGUGGAUGUCGGGUUGCAUCGGAGCGGCUCAUGUCUCGGCUCAAGUCGCCGGUGGGGCUCUCUCGGAGUGUGUUUAUGUGUGUGUUCCGGAGAGUUGCGAAGCAGCUUUUGCAAAUGUGUGCAAUAGCUGCUACUGCCCUCGGAUCCGUGCUGGCGAGCCGCGUCGUUGCCAUCCCUUUUGACUUGAUAGCGAGCGAGGCUGAUGUAGGUGAAGAUUCGGAAUCGCUGGACAUGUGAAAGCACGACUGGGGUGUGCUUUGUCGGUGUUCCUAAACGGCUGCUAGAUUGAUUGACCCAUUCCUUCGUUCUCAGUGUUGGACGCUGGCUUUUAUUUUUCCUGUGGCAAACAGGUUGACUGUUCAGCUUUCGAUCACGGGAUCGACCGUUUCUAGGUAGAAGCGGAGGAGGGUCAUUCCUUUUUCCCUCUUGCAACUGUUGCAAGGUGGAGGGUUUGCUUUGAUAUGUGGCCUGCACGAGCGAGGAAGCUUGAGCUUGGGUUCGCUUUCCGCUGCACAGCUAAUGCUUCUUCUACCCACUUUGGGCAGGAGUAUGGUCUUGUUAGGGUUUGCACCUCCCUCGGUUCUGUCUUCGUUGCGUUCAGGCCACGCAACGCGGAGAUUGUUCGUUUGACUCCACCCAUACUGGCAUGGGAUCCUGCAUGUCUAGUAGCGCGGAGAUGCUUUCGCUAGAACAGCUUUGAAUGUCAUCAUACACUCUCUCCGUUUCCCUUCCGAAUCGUUUUUCCCCUCAUGCACUGGAAACUGUUGGAAGGGAAUCGGGUGGAGUGCAUCAUGAUCUGCAAGCUCCGACGGCCCCUCUUCUCGAUCUCGACGCGUCGCAGUUUGUCACAACCCCAUCACGUCACAGGAGAUCGAAUUGGAACUUUCUGCACAUUGUCUGUUUAUAUGUACUGGAAACCUUGCAGACAGGAGUAGGUACCUACUUAAGCUUUGUCUUAGAAAUACUGAUGCCAUUGAAGCGGUGCCUCCGAAAGCAGAGCUAACUGGAUUCUUCUAGACCGUUCCACAUGUUUCUAAAAUACAUUUUGGUGCCUCCGAUGUUGUAAAUAUGAAGGGAACUUGGUUAAAAUUGCAAAACGUACCUCAAUUUUUACGAAAUACUCUGUUACAAGCGAUUAUGUAACAUAUGAGGAAUAUGAUUACAAUGAAUUGUUGUUGCAAUCGCUUGUGAACAGCAUAUAUCUAUCUAAA